AGGAAGUACCCGCAGGUGUCCGUCGCGGCCGCCGGCCCGUCGCCCGCUUCCGCCGCUCGGUAUGCGCUGAACCGACUCGCCCGCCCCGCGGCGCGCCCGCCGCCACUCCGAGGCGUGAAUGACAGAGGAGGUGCCCCCGGCUGCACUGACGGACGUAAACCUGCGUCUGCUCUGCCACGAUGACAUAGACAGGGUGAAACAGCUCUGUGGUGACUGGUUCCCAAUAGAGUACCCUGACUCAUGGUACCGAGAUAUCACUUCCAACAAGAAGUUCUUUUCCCUCGCAGCCACCUACAGAGGCUCCAUCGUGGGCAUGAUAGUGGCAGAGAUCAAGAGCAGAACAAAGGUGCAUAAAGAGGAUGGAGACAUCCUAGCUUCCAAUUUUCCUGUGGACACUCAAGUUGCUUACAUCCUAAGUCUUGGAGUGGUGAAGGAGUUCAGGAAACAUGGAAUAGGUUCGCUCCUGCUUGAGAGUUUGAAAGACCAUAUAUCGACGACUGCCCAAGACCACUGCAAAGCCAUCUACCUGCACGUCCUCACCACUAACAACACAGCAAUAAACUUUUAUGAAAACAGAGACUUUAAACAGCACCACUACCUGCCCUAUUACUAUUCCAUCAGAGGAGUCCUCAAAGAUGGCUUCACCUAUGUCCUCUACAUCAACGGCGGCCACCCGCCCUGGACAAUCUUUGACUACCUGCAGCACAUUGGCUCGACGCUGGCCAGCCUGAGCCCCUGCUCCAUCCCCCAGAGGAUCUACCGACAAGCCCAGAGCCUCCUCUGCAGCCUCCUGCCCUGGUCUGGCAUCUCUGCCAAGAGUGGCAUCGAGUACAGCAGGACCAUGUGACUGAGCCCAGGAUGUACAAAGAGCAAAGGCUCGUUCUUCCUCCCAUCUCCUGAACCAUCGGCGCCGCACGGAUCCCGGCGAUGACAGCUCCUGGUCAGAGACCCAGCCCCAGGAGGAGCCUCCUCGUUCCACACACUGACCAAGAUUUGGCAGACUCCACACCUGCUGGGCUGCAGCCCUGACUUAGCCCCGUGGCCUGGAGCCUGCGAGCUGCCUGGGCAGGCCUGGCUGGCGUGCGAGGUGCCAGGCUGUGCCCUGGCUGAAGGCCCUUUGCCUCACCCCUCUGUGUGCAUGUCGCACUGUCCCUGCCACGUCCCUCGCCUCUGGUUUGCUCCUACUUGUGUACGUGAUGGAGAGAGGUCCCUGCUGCUCCCACCCCACAGCUGCUGGAAGCAGUGCUGAUGAGGUUAAUGAAGGUGCACUGACCAAGCAUGCAAAUGAGCCCUGAGUGCCCUGGCAGGCCACUGGCAGAAUAUUUGGCCGUGCCCUUGGUGCCAGGGAAGUGGGGAGCAAGGAUCACAUCUGGGUCCUGCCGAGUCAGCUGCUGGUGCUUCUUGCAGUUACCUUCCAGGGAGGGCAACUGCCUCGCAUGAGAACCCACCCAGCCCCACAGCCCUCUGGAAUCACCCAAAACGAAGCAUCUAAUUGAGGAUGUAUCAAGUAGAAGGCAGGGAAUGAAAUUGCUAUUUCAUAGUGAAAUAUAUAUCUAUAUUAUACUGUAGAGAGCUUUCUGCCUUUGUCCAAAGCUGG